UUUCUUAGUAACCACUUCCUUUGACCAAAAAACAUAUAAAUAUAUUUAAGAUCAAUUUGAUUUAAUUAAUUUAAAAUUUUGAAUCAAUCAACAACCACCUUGCUUAAUCCUCGUGUUCUUUGUGUUUUCUAUUAAUCCUAUUAACAAGUGUUACCAAGUUUCCAUUGAACAUCUUAAAAUGCAAACUGUUGAAAAGGUUGCAAGAGGUGUUGACACCGAAGAAGACUGGAAAUCCAAUCUUAAGAUUCCACCCAAAGAUUUGCGAAAGAGGACAUCUGAUGUGACCGCUACCAAGGGCAAUGAAUUCGACGAGUUUUGUUUAAAAAGGGAGCUCCUCAUGGGAAUCUUUGAGAAAGGAUGGGAAAAGCCAUCACCAAUCCAAGAAGCUGCUAUUCCUAUGGCUCUGUUGGGUCGUGAUAUGCUGGCUCGUGCUAAAAAUGGUACUGGCAAAACAGGUGCUUAUGUGAUCCCUAUUUUACAAAGGAUCGAUGUGACCGCUGAUCAUAUCCAGGCGUUAAUCAUUGUGCCAACUCGAGAAUUGGCCUUACAAACCAGUCAAAUUUGUAUCGAACUCUCUAAAUAUCUCAAUGCUCGUGUUAUGGUGACUACUGGUGGAACUAAUCUCAAAGAAGACAUCAUGAGGAUCUAUGAAAAAGUUCAUGUCAUAAUUGCCACUCCAGGGCGUAUUCUUGAUUUAAUCGACAAGGAGGUCGCUAAGGUUGACAAAUGUAAAAUGCUGGUGCUCGAUGAAGCUGAUAAAUUACUCUCUCAAGACUUUAAUGCUAUGUUAGAUUCAUUGAUAUCGUACCUUCCCAAAGAUAGACAAAUCUUAAUGUUUUCCGCAACUUUCCCUCUCACAGUAGAAAAUUUUAUGAAAAAACAUCUACACGAUCCCUAUGAACUAAAUUUGAUGGAAGAGUUGACACUUAAGGGUGUCACCCAAUAUUACGCAUUUGUCCAGGAACGACAGAAAGUACACUGUCUCAACACCUUAUUUUCUAAGCUGCAGAUUAAUCAAUCUAUAAUCUUCUGUAACUCAACUCAAAGAGUUGAACUUCUGGCAAAGAAAAUAGCAGAGCUUGGUUAUUCUUGCUAUUACAUUCAUGCUAAAAUGUCCCAACCUCAUCGUAAUCGGGUAUUUCACGACUUCAGGAGUGGUCUCUGCCGUAAUCUAGUUUGCUCGGAUCUUUUUACCAGAGGUAUUGACAUCCAAGCUGUCAACGUGGUGAUCAAUUUUGAUUUUCCCAAGAUGGCUGAGACAUAUUUACAUCGUAUUGGAAGAUCGGGACGAUAUGGACACAUGGGAAUCGCCAUUAAUUUAAUCACAUAUGAGGACCGAUUUAAUCUCCACCGAAUCGAACAAGAAUUGGGUACAGAAAUCAAGCCAAUUCCUAAAGUAAUCGACAAGUCGUUGUACGUACCAGAAUUCCAAAUUGAUGACACAGAGAAUGGUGAUAACGAAUGUAAUUCCGCUAAAACAAAAUGAAACCGUUAAAAGAUUUUGGAUUGACAACCACCUAGUUUCUACUCUCUCUCUCUCUCUUUCUCUCUCACUCUCCACCCAACUUUCUCUUUCUUCCUCUCUCUCUUUUUUUCUCACAGCCUUUGUUGUCUCCUUCCAAUGACCCUUGCAACCACCUUACAUUGUAAUCCCUCGAUUUAGAUUUAAUCCUUAUUCUGGUCUCUUUUUCCUCUUUUGCGCAUCAAAAAAAAAUCCUGGAUGUUACAAAGUACCAAAAACCACUAAUUCUGUUUAUUUGUAUCUUUUUCCCUCGCAACAUCAACCACUUUGAAUAACAAUAAACAAAAGUUACAAAGAAGAAACAAAACAA